AUGGGUUUCAUAACAUGGUCACCAAGCCAUACAUGGCAACCAACAAUGACAACAGAUACAACUACAUCAAGUUAUUGGUUGAAUUGGAGAUUCUUCUUCUGUGCACUAUGGAUAUUAAUCUCAAUGAGUCUAGCAUCAUAUUUAAUAUUCAAGUAUGAAGGAUUCAACAAACAAAGGUCUUCCGAGAGACGCGAAAAUCAUCAAGAUACAGAUGGAUUGUUAUAUGAAGAUGAAGCUUGGAAUACUUGUCUUAUAGGAAUUCAUCCUUCUUGGCUUCUUAUUUAUAGAAUCAUUUCUUUUAUUGUUCUUUUGGCUUUGAUCAUUGCUAAUGUUUCUGUUGAUGGACCUGGCAUAUUUUACUACUACACUCAAUUAACCUUUACUUUGGUCACUAUUUACUUUGGGCUAGGAACAUGUUUUUCUAUUUAUGGAUGUUUAUUAAAGCAAAAUGAAUUUAGGGGAAGAACAGUGAAUGGUGCUUCUUUAGAUGCAGAAUUUCAUAUCAGGAAAAUUGCUGGUUUAUGGGGUUACAUUUUUCAAAUGAUUUAUCAGACUUGUGCAGGUGCAGUGUUUCUCACUGACUUUGUAUUCUGGUUCAUCCUAUAUCCACUAAGAACAUCCAAUCAUUACAGUCUUGAUUUUUUGGUUUUUUGUAUGCACACAAUCAAUGCUGUUUUCCUCAUUGGUGACACAUCAUUGAAUUGUAUGAGAUUUCCGGUUUUUCGAUUCGCUUAUUUUGUGUUAUGGACAGCUACAUUUGUGAUUAUUCAGUGGAUUAUCCAUGCUUGUGUUACAGUUUGGUGGCCUUACCCUUUUCUUGAUUUGUCAUCUUCAUAUGCACCUUUAUGGUACUUGGUGGUGGCUCUGAUGCAUUUUCCAUGCUAUGGCUUAUUUAUUUUGAUAGUGAAAUUGAAGCAUUUUUGGUUAUCUAGAUCAUUUCCUGGAUCAACAAGAAUUGUACAUUGA